AUUGAAGGUUUUUUUUUCAGGCUGUGCAGCAGAUCCUCCGAUGCAUUGUAACAUCGCUGAACAACAUAAACUCUUUUACACAAUGUUACAGCAUCUGUAUUGACGUGCUGACUGUCUCGUGUGGGAAUAGAAACUAUCGUCAGGAUCCUGAAAAACAGAGAUGUUGUCUGUACUCUGAUCUGUUGGCAGACUCUGAGGUCUCAUUAUGCUCCUCUAUCUGCUACUGGCCUUACAAACUAAGGUCAAUGCUCAGAUAGACCCAGCUCAAUGUCGAUAUCCUCUUGGUAUGGAGGAUGGGAGGAUCAAAAACGAUGACAUCACUGCCUCCAGCCAGUGGCAUGAAACCACUGGUCCUCAGUUUGCAAGGUUAAACAGAGAGGAGGGAGAUGGCGCCUGGUGUCCUGCUGGUCAACUGCACCCUUCAGUUGUUCAAUAUCUUCAGGUAGACCUUCGUCAGCUCAUCUUCCUCACCGUGGUUGCUACGCAAGGUCGAUAUGCGCGUAACACCGGCAUUGAAUAUGCACGCAAGUACCGUCUGGAGUACAGUCGUGACGGACGCCGCUGGAUACCCUGGAGAAAUCGCUUUGGCAGUGAGAUUAUACCGGGGAAUAUAAACACAUAUGACUCAGUCGUGCGAGAUCUUCAUCCUCCCAUCAUCACUCGUUUCCUUCGUCUGAUCCCCGUCACUGAUGCUGUUCUUACUGUGUGCAUGAGAAUUGAGCUGUUCGGAUGCCUGUGGCAGGAUGGCCUGACAGCCUACAGCUCUCCAGAGGGUCAAAACAUGAUGGCUCCGGGAUAUCCCAACACACCCCUCAAUGACUCAACAUACGAUGGUGCCCUUAUACACAGGAAGCUGUCCGGAGGGUUGGGCCAGCUGACAGAUGGCGUGAUUGGCCAGGAUGAUUUUAUACAGAAGAGGCCGUACAGGCUAUGGCCCGGGUACGAUUAUGUGGGUUGGAGGAAUGACAGUUUGGGACCUGGAUAUGUGGAGAUGGAGUUUGAGUUCGACAGACAAAGGAACUUUACCUCUAUGAAGGUUCACAGUAAUAACUUGUUCACUCGGGGUGUCAAGAUCUUCUCAUCUGUAUCCUGUGUCUUUAAAUUGUACCUCAUUUCUGAGUGGCAACCGGACCCGGUGGAGUUUCACACCGUCCUUGACGAUCGGAACCCGAGCGCUCGCUACGUGACGGUUCCUUUGAAGCACAGAUCGGCCACGGCUUUGCGCUGCCGCUUCUACUUCGCUGACACUUGGAUGAUGUUCAGCGAAAUCUCAUUCCAGUCUGCUACUAAUGUGCUUCCACCAGUGUUGACUCCACCUUCGUAUGAGGUGAACAGCAAAGCACAAAGUACGACACAGAAACCAGAAGAAAAGACAACACCAAAGACCGGCUCACCUGAAGAAGGCAGUACAUCGAUUCUGAUUGGCUGUCUGGUGACUAUUAUUCUCCUUUUGGUGGUGAUCAUCUUCCUGAUUUUGUGGUGCCAGUACGCAUGUAAAGUCCUGGAGAAGGCUCCAAGACGUAUUUUAGAUGAGGAUGUGACAGUGCGUCUGUCUUCUAGUAGUGACACGAUAAUCCUGCAAACUCCACCGGUGCCGCCUCGUGUCUCCCUCGACCCACCUUACGAAAGGAUCUUUCUCCUGGAUCCCCAGUAUCAAGAUCCAUCUGCGCUACGAAAACUUCCAGAGCUGUCUCAAAGCGCAGAAUCAUCUGCCUGUGGUGGAGGAUAUGCCGAGCCGGAUGUUACCCUGUGCACCCCUCAUCAGUGUUUUCAGAGCAGUGUGCCCCACUACGCCGAAACGGAUAUCAUAAGCCUUCAAGGGGUCACCGGGAGCAACAUGUACGCCGUUCCCGCCCUCACCGUCGACUCUCUCACUCGUAAGGACAUUUCUGUGGCUGAGUUCCCUCGAGAGCGUCUUCUGUUCAAAGAGAAACUGGGAGAAGGCCAGUUCGGGGAGGUGCAUUUGUGCGCAGCCGAGGGUUUGGCUGAAUUUCUGGGAGAAGGCACCCCGUUACCCGAGCAGGAUGGCAGGCCGGUGCUGGUAGCAGUUAAACAGCUCAGAGCUGACGCCACCAGCAAUGCCAGGAAUGACUUCCUGAAGGAGAUAAAAAUCAUGUCGCGUCUCAAUAACCCCAACAUCAUUCAGCUGCUGUGUGUUUGCGUAAGCUCGGACCCGCUCUGCAUGGUGACCGAGUACAUGGAGAACGGAGAUCUCAACAUGUUCCUGUGUCAGCGAGAGAUCGAGAGCACACUUACACAUGCCAACAACAUUCCCUCUGUCAGCAUAGCUGAUCUGUUGCACAUGUCGGUGCAGAUCUCAUCUGGCAUGAAGUAUUUGGCUUCUCUGAACUUUGUGCAUCGCGAUCUUGCCACACGCAACUGUCUCCUGGACCGCCAUCUCACCAUAAAGAUCUCUGACUUUGGCAUGAGCAGAAACCUGUACAGCAGCGAUUACUAUCGUAUACAGGGCCGCGCUGUACUGCCUAUACGCUGGAUGGCCUGGGAAAGCAUCUUGUUGGGCAAGUUCACAACAGCUAGUGAUGUUUGGGCGUUCGGAGUAACACUUUGGGAAAUCUUCACUCUCUGUAAGGAGCAGCCCUAUAGUCUUCUGUCCGAUGAGCAGGUCAUUGAAAACACAGGAGAGUUUUUCAGAAACCAGGGCAGACCGAUUUUACUCUCCGCACCGCCGCUCUGUCCAUCCUCUCUGUUUGAGAUCAUGAUGCGUUGCUGGAGUCGAGACAUUGCCGACCGGCCCUCAUUUCAUAGUUUGUACCGGGCCCUGCGAACUUUUGCUCCACACUUAUGACUGACACCUGCUCUACUUAAACAGCCCGGAGGUAAACUGUGACCAUGACUAUUGGUCAGGAAGCGUUGCCCUUCCUGUAGAUGGUCCGUGAACUCAAGCAGGAGCUUUAUAGCCACAAUGUAGCGUCGUCAGAGUGUAAGGAAUCCAAUGGAGGAGAGAUCCGGAGAUUAUGACGCUUCACAAAAGGCAUUUAUAUGCUCAUCUCCAUUGGGACCCAAAGAGCUUUUUCCACUCCUUAGACACUUGAGAGGUUUUUACUUUCCAUUGUUGAGUACAAUUAUUUUUCUUCUUUUAAUCACAAAUGGUAUUUCUCUUUAUUGUUUUGUUUUU